UGAUGGCAACGGGCGCCGGACGGGGACUUGUCGACCGGAAGCAUUUCGAACGGCAAAUGGGAUGCAUGGCUGGGUUCCUCAACCUAUUCGACCGCCACCAGAUCCUCGCCCGGAAGCGCCUCCCUCCCGCCCCGGCCGCCGGAUCGGCGUUGCCGAAGGAGAGAUCACGUGCUUCUGCCGCGGCGUUUGCCAACGAGAGGCGUCCGUCUCCGUCGCCGGAGAGCCACUCACCGGCGGAGAUUCCGUCGAUCCCCUACCCUCGCCCGGUAUUCGAGGUCACGGACGAGGCGCGGUCGUCGUGGAAGCUCCGAGAAGCGCCCCCCCUCUCCCUCAACAGCCGCGCCAUGGCCGAUGCCAAAGGCAAGCUCCGCCGGCGCGAGAUCCGGACGGCAUCUCUAACUGCAUCCCCUAGCAAUCACUCCGACUCCUCCGCGGCGGCGGAUGAGAGCGAGAGGCAGCGGAGGGGACCGAACGUCGUUGCGCGUCUAAUGGGACUCGAAGCUCUGCCGGACCCCGCCUCUGCUUUCGAAGGUGAAUCGGAUCGCUUGGUCCUCCGCCGUUCGGCCUCCGAGUCGCGAGUUCCCAGAGAUCCAUCGUACUACCAGUUCCUCGAUGUGGGUUCAUUCCCCAAAGCUCCGCCGGUGGAGACCUCUCAUCUUGGCGAUAUUAGGAUUUCUGACGCCAAAAAAUCCAAGUCGCCGGCGAGGAAUCUUCUUCUCCCACCACUCCAGAGGAAGAGAUUUUUCGACGCCGAGGACUUCUUCCCGGUAACGAAGAGGUGGGUUUUACUCCCCAGCGAGCUCGAGAAGCGGAGCCUAAUGCGAGGGAUGGACGAGGCGGCAAGGGAUUUGGAGACUCUGAAACAGAUCCUGGAAGCUCUCCAGCUCAAGGGGCUCCUCCACUCCAAGCCACCCGAUUACCGGAUCAAUGGCGGUCGUGACCACAUCGACAACCCCCUGACUGAUAUCUCGCCUAUCGUCGUUAUCGAACCCGCCCCCACGCCGCCCCAACGGCCGUUGAGCGAGCCACGACCGCAGUUACUACGUAGACCCGGAAACGGUCGCCGGAACACUGCCGCUGAGACGGCCGCUCAACCCGUUCGACGCAAUCUGACGGUCGAUCGAAUUCCUACGGGAAGCAAGAGCUCACCGGCGAGGCAGAGGAUCUCAAAUGCGAUCGAGUCCGGGAAGAGUCGGUCGCCAUCGCAGCGGAUCUCGACUGUUGAUCCUCGGAAAACACCUCCGAACCGACUUGGGCCGAGUCCGCUUGCCGGACGACCACCUCCAAAUCUGCGGCCGAAGCAAGUGGUCAUUUCCAAGCCGCGGAUACGCUCACCGGUCCCCGAGGAUGUCUCAGCCACUACGUCGCCCUUAGAGAGGUCGUGGGCGGAGGACCACCGGGCGGGGCGGCAGCUGUUGGAGCGGUGCGACCGGUUGCUGCACUGCAUCGCGGCGUUCACGGCGGCGGAGCAAGACGCCGAGGCGGUGGAGCAGAACCCAAGCCUUGCUGUGUCUGUGGAGCAGAAUCCGAGCCUUGCUGUGUCGGUGGAGCAGAACCCGAGCCUCGCCGUAGCGGUGGAACAGAAGCCUAGCCUCGCCGUGGCCGCGGAGCAGCAGCCGAGCCCUGUUUCGAUCCUCGAUUCGUCUCUCCUUGGCGAGGGGAACUCGCCGCGCUCUCCGGUCUCCAAGCGCUCAAUCGACUUCGAAGGAGAUCAGUUGGCGGAGUUGGAAGAGGAGACCACUGGGUGUAAUCUGGCGGCAGAGGACGACGACGACGACUACGCUUACGUGGCGAAGGUCCUCCGAGCCUCCGACAUCCACGGCGACUCGCCCGACGUGUACGCUCUCCUGGAGAAGCAACGCCGCUCUCCCUCCGGCCCGUCCGAGGCCGCGCGUCUCCACCGCCGCCUCGUGUUCGACGCCGUCGCUGAGAUCCUCGAACAGAAGCGCUGCGCCACGCGUCCUCCGUGGGAGGCAAUCGCGCGGCCCGGAUCCCUCUCCUCCACUACUGCCGCAGUCGAUGGCGGCACCUCGCUGCUGCUGCUGCCGGAGGUAUGGGCGGAGCUGCAGUGGAUCCGAGAGCAGGCGCCGGCGGACGACCUCAACGACGCCACGUGCUGGGCCGUGCGCAGGGACCUGGUCCGGGAAAGCCUCGACGGCUGGGCCCGGCCCGCCGCGGAGGUGGCCGACGCCGUCAUCCACAUCGAGCGCCAGAUAUUCAAGAACCUAGUCGCCGACACCAUCCGUCACCUGGCUGACGCCCACUGCACCGCCGCCGCCGCCAAGCCGCGCCGCCUCAAGUUGGUCUGCUGAAGCAACGUGCUCUGGUUCUGAUCUAACGCUUCGGGUAUGCCCAAUCGGAAUCACUGCUCCAUUUUAACGGUUCUGAUCGGUUGGUCGGUGGACAAGGUGGGCCGAGUGAAGUCCCAAUCGUGGGCAUCAAAUACUUGAGCUGUUCUGAUAUGAGACUUCACCUCCUGGGUAAUUAGAGAUGGGCUUGAACCGACGACCGAUUUGGGGGACCAGCAGAGGGGAAGGGGGAGGAAAGGCACAUGAGACUGUCAAUAUGUUAGGGUGCAAAGCUCACGGGGACUCGCUUGGAAGUGAGCAUGUGGUGGUGGUAUUACCCACAACCCAACAAAGGAUGAUGGUCCAAUGCACCACAUUUCCAUCAACAACUUUGCAUCCAGCAAUGAUUAAUAUACACAGUUUUAUAUUCGGGAACAUAGAUGCUGUAGAAGAAGGAUAUUAGUGCGACUCGUGAGCGUAUAUCAGUCGGCUAUUGCGGUGGGAAAAACUUCUGUUCAAUGCAAAUACACAGAAUGUUUUGUGGGUUCACAGAAUGCUGCUGCAUUGCAUUGCUCUGUUAAGGAUGCCAAUAUUGAUAUUUGGGCUGCCUUCUUCCUAAGCCAAGGAAGAAAAGAUACUGAUUCCUUAUUUCAACUUCUUAUCAAGUAAUGCUGAUGGACGGGUAAACUUGGAGCCAUGAA